GUUCCUAAUAUAUUUUAGUAAACAAAUACUUAAUAUACACGUGACUGCAGUCAUAACCUUUUACUCAAUAUAAAAACUUUAAAGGUUAAAAUGAACAUGGAAAACCCUCUCGCACGUAUAUUAACUGCAAACUUAUUUUUGCCAGCCAUUACUACCACUCCACCAAAAAUGAAGCUCACCGCAGAUCUCAUCAACAACUCUCCCACAUACAUUAACGCGAUAAAGGACCGCGAGUUGGAUCUAAGCGGGAACCAGAUCUCACUGAUAGAAAAUCUGGGAGCCGCGCGCGAUCUCAACGACUCUCUCAAUCUGUGCGACAAUAGUAUCCGAAUCCUGGGCAACUUCCCCAUACUCAAGCGCCUGCACUCGCUGUACCUGGCCGACAACCGCAUAGCGUCGGUUGAGCGGAAUUUGGCAGAGUACAUGCCGAAUUUGCAAACGCUGGUUUUGACAAACAACGAUAUCGGCGAUUUGGUCGACUUGGAACCACUAAGGAAUAUGGGCCGCUUGGAGAUAGUCUCACUGGUUAAUAAUCCAGUUAUGCGGAAACCGCAUGCCCGGCUGUGGUGUGUCUGGCGGCUCUCGAGCUCUCUGCGGGUGUUGGAUUUCGAAAAAAUCGGACAAAAUGAGAGAAACGAGGCGAAGAGACUGUUUGAGGACGGAAAGGGCGGCAUUUCGGAAUUGGCGAAGAACAUCUUGGCUAUAGAAUCGGUGGCGGCGGCGAGCAACGUGUUUGUUCCCGGAGAGGGCCUUGACGCAGUCCUUGGCGGCGAGCAGCAGCAGCAUCAAGAGGUAGAGAAGAGCGCAGAGGACAUACAGCGCGAGCAGAGUAUCGCCGAACUCAAGGCACGGAUUCGCGAAGAAAUGGCACAGGUCGAAGCCAUGGAAGAGUUUAUCUGAAU